UAAUGUCACGACCAGAAUCACAAUUACCACCAAAUUUAGUAAAUAUCAUUAUCUAAUUCUUCUCUAGUAUUAUAAUCAAUAGGAGAGUGUUAAAUAUACUAAUUGCAAUAGAAUUAUCAAUAUUCAAACCUAAUUAAGUGAAAGGGCUAUUUAAUUAUUGGAUCUAAAUCCUGAUGAAUGUAGUUUAGUACUUGAUAUUGGAUGUGGUUCCGGAAUUUCAGGAUUUUAUCUAACAUAAGAAGGAGUGAAUUGGGUAGGUUUAGAUAUAUCAGAAUCAAUGUUGAAUGUAGCUCAAUAAGAAAAGACAGAAGGAGAAUUAUUAUUAUGCGAUAUUGGUCAAGGUUUCAAAUUUAGACCAGGUGUUUUUGAUGCUGCUAUUUCUAUUUCUGUUAUUUAAUGGUUAUGUGUGAGUUUCAAAAAAUCAGAAAAUCCUUAUAGAAGAUGUACUGUUUUCUUUGAAUCUCUAAGAAAUUGUUUAAAAAAUAAUGCAAGAGCUGUUUUUUAAUUUUAUCCUGAAAACAAUGAAUAAAUAAAUAUGAUUACUAGUGCCGCUUUAAGAGCAGGUAUUCUAAAGAAGAGUUAUGUAAUUAGGUUUUAGUGGUGACAUUGUUGUUGAUUAUCCUAAUUCUGCUAAAGCCAAAAAGCUUUAUCUUGUUGUACAACUAGGAGGAUAAUCAUCAAAAAAGACUAUGGAUAUUAUUUAAGGAUUAGUUGAAGAAUCAGAUGAAGAAAAAGUUAAAGUUAUUGGUAGAUAAUAAAAGAAAAUAAAGAAAUAAAAAAAGUAUAAGAAAAUAAAUGAAAAAUCUAAAUUAUGGAUUAUGAAAAGAAAAGAAAAAUAAGUUAGAUUAGGUAGAAAAGUUAAAAAGACAACAAAAUAUACAGGAAGAAAAAGAAAUAACUUAGGUUUAUUCAAAUGA